UCUUCUAUUUAAUUUCUUUCUUCGCUUAUUCGUAGCUUCAUUCACCUAUUCAUUAACCAUUAUCGUUCUCUCUCUCCUGAGUUAGUACGUCGACCCUCGAAAAACCUUAGAUUUUGUACUCACUUACACAAACUGAGUAUCCAUCACACACCCCAGUGUUCACCACAUCCCCCUCCAUUACUUCCAAAUUUAGACUGUGUUCAUUAGUUUGACUUUGUUUGACCUUGAACGUAUCACUACUCCAAGGGAAAUAUAUUUUAUUUAGACUGUUAUACAUACUUAUAUCAGUUUUGUUUUAGCAUUAGCUUAACUUAGCUUAUCUUAUCUCACUAUAACUCAUAGUGUUAAAUUAAUUUAAUUCAAUUCAAAUUCAAAUUCAAAUUCGACUUCAAAGUUUAAGUUUAAGUUCAAUUCUUUUAAUUCACUCAUUGUUUGCAUUAUAAUAUUUAUCCAUUAUGACUAGAGAUAUCACUAAUCAUUUACUUUUUGAAGUAGCAACUGAAGUUGCUCAUAAAGUUGGAGGAAUCUAUUCAGUAUUAAAGUCCAAGGCCCCAAUUACCGUGGCUGAAUAUAGAGAACGUUAUACUUUAGUAGGUCCUUUAAAUUAUAAUUCAGCUCAAAUUGAAGUUGAAGAAUUACCAGUUAAAGAUCCUUUAAUUAAACAAACUUUAGAUUCAAUGAGUGAAAGAGGUAUUAAAUGGUUAUAUGGUAGAUGGUUAAUUGAAGGUGCACCAAGAGUAUUACUUUUUGAUAUUUGGUCAGCUGGUCAUCAUCUUAAUGAAUGGAAAACUGAUUUAUGGAAUAUUGCUGGAAUUCCAACUCCUGAUCAUGAUUCAGAAACUAAUGAUGCUAUUUUAUUAGGUUAUCUUGUGGCUUGGUUCUUAGGUGAAUUAGUUUAUAAUGAUAGAGAAAGAGCUGUUAUUUGUCAUUGUCAUGAAUGGUUAGCUGGAAUUGCCCUUCCAUUAUGUAGAAAAAGAAGAAUUGAUGUUACAACAAUUUUUACAACUCAUGCAACUAUUUUAGGUAGAUAUUUAUGUGCUGGUUCAACUGAUUUUUAUAAUAAUUUAGCAAAUUUUGAUGUUGAUGCAGAAGCUGGUAAAAGAGGUAUUUAUCAUAGAUAUUGUAUUGAAAGAUCAGCUACACAUUCUUCUGAUGUUUUUACAACAGUAUCUCAUAUAACUGCAUUUGAAUCAGAACAUUUAUUAAAAAGAAAACCUGAUGGAGUAUUACCAAAUGGUUUAAAUGUUGUUAAAUUUCAAGCCGUUCAUGAAUUUCAAAAUUUACAUGCUUUAAAGAAACAAAAAAUUAAUGAAUUUGUUAAAGGACACUUCUAUGGAAAUUAUGAUUUUGAUUUAGAUAAUACAUUAUACUUUUUCAUUGCUGGAAGAUAUGAAUUUAGAAAUAAAGGUUGUGAUUUCUUUAUUGAAAGUUUAGCUCGUUUAAAUCAUAGAUUAAAGGAAGCAGGAUCAAAUAAAACCAUUGUAGCAUUUAUUAUUAUGCCAGGAAAGACUCAUUCUUAUACAGUUGAAACUUUAAAAGGUCAAGCUGUUGUUAAACAAUUAGAAAGUACUAUUGAAGAAGUUCAAAAGAAAGUUGGUGAAAGAUUAUUUGAACAUUGUGCAAGAUAUAAUAAUUCUGGUUCAUUACAAGGUGGAGAAGUUCCAUCAAUUGAUGAAUUAAUUAAACCAGCUGAUCGAGUACUUUUAAAAAGAAGAAUCUUUGCAUUAAAGAGAGAUGGUUUACCACCAAUUGUAACUCAUAAUAUGGCAGAUGAUUCAACUGAUCCAAUUUUAAAUCAAAUUAGAAGAGUUCAAUUAUUUAAUAAACCUGAAGAUCGAGUUAAAAUUAUUUUCCAUCCAGAAUUUCUUAAUGCUAAUAAUCCAAUUUUAUCAUUAGAUUAUGAUGAAUUUGUUAGAGGUUGUCAUUUAGGAGUUUUCCCAUCAUAUUAUGAACCUUGGGGUUAUACACCAGCUGAAUGUACUGUAAUGGGUGUACCAUCAAUUACAACUAAUUUAUCAGGAUUUGGAUGUUAUAUGGAAGAUUUAAUUGAAAAUACUAGUGAUUAUGGUAUUUAUAUUGUUGAUAGAAGAAUGAAAUCAGUUGAUGAAUCAAUUAAUCAAUUAACUGAUUAUAUGUAUGAUUUUGCUUCUAAAACAAGAAGACAAAGAAUUAAUCAAAGAAAUAGAACUGAAAGAUUAUCAGAUUUAUUAGAUUGGAAGAGAAUGGGAUUAGAAUAUAUUAAAGCUCGUCAAUUAUCUUUAAAGAGAGCUUAUCCUGAUAAAUUUAAGAAUGGAGCUAAUCCAUUUAAUAAUACUUCUAAUCUUAAAUUAACUAGACCUUUAUCAGUUCCUGGAUCUCCAAGAGGUAAAUAUGGUAUUAUGACUCCAGGUGAUCUUGGAUCUUUACAAGAAGCUCAAGAAUCUUUAAAUACUGAAGAUUAUAUUGGAUUUAAAUUAGGUUUAACUGCUGAAAAUAAUGAAGAUGAUGAAGAUGAAGCAGCUCAUUAUCCCUUAACUUUAAGAGGUACUUCUGCUCCACCUCAAGAAGAAGAAUAGUUGUAUUGUCUUUAUUAUUUUUUUUAUAUAUUUAUCUUUUUUUUAUUGAAAUUUAUACUGUCUUUACUGUUUUCUUUUGACAUGAUGACUUCAACUGUUCUGUUCUAUUUUUGUUAUUUUUGUUUUAUUUUGUUUUAUUUUGUUUUAUUUUGUUUUAUUUUGUUUAUUGCUUAUAAAAUUUCUAUGUCAUAUAUUUAUAUAUUAUUCUAUUACUUUAUUGCAAAAAAUAUAAUAUAUAUACUGAAUUAAAUAAUUAUAAAAUAAUUCU